AAAGCAGAAAACAGGUUUCGUUUCAUUUCUGCGCUCAUUAUCUCUCCAGCAUCUCUGCUCUCGCAAAUAUCAUCAAAACUCACCGCAAAACGUCUCCAGCAUCGCCAUGUCUCUCUAAUGUCAACAGCCAUCUCUGCCUUUUGACCUUCAAAUUCACGAAUUUUAUACCUCCACAAUGCCUGACAUGACAGCCGGAAACGAGCAAGAAUCCUGCCCAACAACACCCGUAGUCACCCAUCCAGUUACUUCUCUUGCCAUCCCGCCCAAAUUCUCGGACGACGACCAGCAUACUCCAAACGCAUUACCAUCUUCUUCCAACUCGGUCCCUACAAACGAGCCACAUCAUGGCCAACUUCUAGUUCCCAUACUCGCGUCUUCCACGAACAGCUCGCAGUCUUCCUUCGCGUUCUCCAGUGCUAUUCCAGGCGCAGAAAAUGAGUGGCACGGCCUUAACGAACUGCCCCCAGAAAUUGCUACCGCAGACAUAUCAAUAGCUCCCGAUGGGAGUUUUGUGGAGACAUCUUCUGGCCUAGCCGCGAGGGAGCUGAAGAGACGCUACGAUCAACACCUCGGUGUUGGACGAGACGUGCGGUCCCCAUAUGCAAUCACGGCUUUUGUAAAUCAGCAUGGAAAGCAGAUGUAUCGUGUGGGUCAUCGUGAUCUCUCCGCUCCAGCCGCUUCUGCAGCAGAGGUAUCCAAUCGAGUCGCAAAAGUUGCGCCGCCGACAACACAGCAAGAUCGCCCCAAACGUCGUUCACGGAUGAGCGUCCAUACUUUACUCUCCCAAGGCAAGUUAAAGAAUGGUGGCGUCCCACAACCCGUCCGUCCACUUACAGAACUCGAACAAAACCCCGGUACUCUGAGUAACACACCUCGGAAAUUGAGAAAGACACGGUCAAUCCCAGAUAUGUUUGGGCUGGCGACGGGCUCUGCAUCAACAUCCAAUACCAUGGGAGGGAAACAGGGCCAGGCGCCCGUGACAGGUCGAACACACUCGCACAGCGUCACAGGAGCUGAUAUGCCGCGAUUGCCGCCCACUAUUGUGGAUAUGCCGAAACAUCCCUCCGGGGACAUCUUUGCGGACGUUAUGAACUGGCACGGAAGUUCGGUUCCUCCGUCGCCUUACACGUCGAGUUCCGUAUUAGAGUCCCCAAGCCUAUCUUCGGGAGACGGGUCGUACAACCCGUACGAUGAGGGAUCAUCUGCACCUUUCAUAUCGCAUCCUUUUGGAACUGGCAUCUCGUUCGAUUCGCCCAUGAGACGCCAGACGCCAGAAUAUUUACCGAUGCCUCACGCCUUGCGGGAGAUGCAGUCUUUCGAAUCUGGACUGACCGCUCGUGCAGGUGACACAACACGUAGGGAAAAAAGUCCGGAUUUGACCGUCGAUUUUGAUGGGCCCGGCCGUUCUUCAUCGCCAGGCGGCCCACCGCGGUUGGCCGUGUCUCCUCUGAUGAAUGAAGCAGAGCAUCCUGAGCCAGAUUUAAUACCGCUCCCAGAGACCAGCAUGCACUCGCAGUAUUCUACCGAAGUUUUCGAUGUUCUGCAGUCGUACCGAGGAUUGCCACUUCUGGACAGACUUUUUCCUGAAUCAGGCGAGACUACAAUUAAAUUAUCACUCCGCGCCGAUGACAGCGCAGCACCCCGUGAUGAUCCCCGUUUUGUGCUGUGGGGUGAAAUGCACAAGGACAUAGAUGGCGAUGAUCACUCAGUAUCUCAUGAUAGUCGGACCGGCCUCUCUUCUCCAGUGCUAUCUGCAUCGCGGCGUGGUACAAGGGCAGGAAGGUCUUCCAUGGCACCCGAACCACCGAGUGUGCGGAUUUCAUCGGGAGAAAACACCAAAAGGGCUCUUUUGGCAGCUACGAUUGAGCGCUGGAUUGCACAACUGACCAGUGAAUUGAACUACGAGGAACUACUGAACUUUUUCUUGACCUAUCGCACUUAUAUCAGUGCGGUUGACUUGUGUCACCUACUCAUAUGCCGAUUUCAUUGGGCACUGAGUUCUCAUUCAUCAAAGCAAUACGAAGACGUGCGAAGGAUUGUUCGCGUGCGGACGUUUGUUGCCAUUCGGUAUUGGCUAUUAACAUUCUUCGUGGUGGAUUUCUUGCCAAACCGUGAGCUACGGCUGCUUCUCGCGGACUGGCUCAACGCUUUGGUCCGAGAUCCCAUAUUGAAGAAACACCAGGGUGCUCUGAGCAUAGUUCGCAAACUGAUCAAAGUCGCGAAAGACUGCAAAGAGGCACAUACGCGCAGGCGCAGGAGUUCUGUAUCCAGGAGUCUAUCGAUUAGCGGAAAUGCCAAGCCGACUCGUACGCAUGUUUUAGGGGAAAAAUUUGCCCAGGCGAUCUCCAAGGACGAAGACGAGGAUUCCGACGUCGACCUUGAUUUUGUCCCGGAUGAUACUUCGGCUCCUGGGCCAUCAUCUGUUUUCCAGGGCGACUCUGUCAAUCCUUAUUCUUUUGGAGGACAAAUGUCGCCACCUCGUCCUUUAGCUGUUAGCUCGGCAUCUGCGGCGAUCUUGCACCAACCUCUUCAAGUCAAUAUUCUCCAGCAGAGCCGUGCGACAUCAUCAACUUCUGCUCCAACUCCGGAUCCUCAGCUUGUGCAGAACGCACCGCCUACGCCUCUUUCCCACAAUGUCCUCUCCAGGGCCUUUGUGAAGACUAUAGGACGAUUGGGGCGUUGGAAACGAGUGUUGAACUCACGGCCGACUGUGCAAACUGCUUUAGCCGUGCCUGCCAAUGUUUCCGCAUUUGACCUUGAGUUAAAUGCUACCGGAGACCUUCUAACCGUGCGGGGUGGAGUAGAACAGUAUCUCAGAAUGAUAGAACCGCCAUCUCCAGCAACCCCGGUGAAUGCGCCCAGCACGAAUGUCUACAAAGGGGAUCCACCCUCUUCCAAUCCGAAGCCAGAGGAGCGAUCGGUAUCUACCGAUUCGACGCUCGCAGAACCAUAUGACCCUGAGGCCGGAGAUACCAAGUCAGAGCACGCUCCUUCGCAACAUCUACGUUCGGUUACAGAGGUAACGGAGGAGGACAAUGCUGGUACCGUCAGUACUACCGAGAUCGCGUCGGUAAAGGAACUCCCUAGACCAGAGUCAUCAGCAUCCGCAGCACGCUCUUCUUUGUGGUCGCAUUCGACCGAUUCUUUCGGUUCUAUCCUGUCUUCAAGGUCCAAAGUUAACCCUUUUGUCGCCCAAGUGCAAGAGCAACCGCCCUGGCAAUUUGAAGUCGUUUCGAUCGACGAACUAGAAUUGUCAGAUACAUCAUCUGAUGUUCAAGAAGAUCGGCCUCCUGCGCCUGGUCUUCGUAAGGUACUUCGAAAGCUGCCUCUACGUCGUGAUUUCGAAUUUGUACGGCGAUCUAUAAGCAGCGUAUCUUCGAUGGGUUUUAGGUCACACGACUCAGUCACUUCUGAAAGCUCAGCUCUGUCGUCGGUCUCUGUAGGGGCUGGGUUAGGGUCCAAUAUCCAGCAGUGGCAGGUGAAUGCCUUGGUAGAUUCGCUGAGUGAUGACGAGGAAGUCGGAGAUGUUGGAGAUGCUUUGAAGCGACUUGAAGGUCAAAUCAAUCCUCAGAAGAGAAAAGAGAAAGCUAUGAAAGUCGAUGGCUGGGUGCGUACCAUGCAGGAGCGUUUGGCUGCCGGGGACUAUGGAAAUGAGCGGCCACGAUUUUUCGAUGACGACGACGAAGAUGAAGAUGAUGAAGAUUUUGAGAUUGACCAGCAUGAAACAGGUUCGACAAUUUGGAAUGGUGAUUCCGAGGGCGAUGUGGCGACGACCGUGCAAAGCCCUGGUUCCCGAAAUACUGAAAGUUAUCUGAGUUCUGUAGCUACUCUAACCUCCUUGGCACCCAUUGCUAACUCCAAUGCCAAUAUCGCGCCUGCUGUCCCAGCGCCUACUUCUCCUCUUGGGGAUCCUGAAGAUACAGUACCACCCAGUCCUUCUCCGAUGCGUGCAGCAGAUCCUACAUCCCCCCACCGUGUAUCUGAUGCUAAACCUGCUCCUGAAGAUGCGGUGCCUCUUGAAAUUUUGCAAAGCCGAGUACCUUCCAGGCCUUCGACGUCACAUGGUUCUCCCUCCCACCCCAUCAACUCAUCUAGCGUGGCUACGAUGACAUCUCCAUCAUCCAAAAUCUUGGCUUCCAGCGCACGGAGCCUUCACAAGUCGUGGAUCCUGAAUUUCCGUGCUGAAGUUUUGGUACAGCAUUUUUCGAUAAUCGAUCGAGAGCUUUUCCUAGGUGUCAAAGCUGAAGAGUUAAUCUUGGAGGAUUGGAAGUCGUGUCAAGAGGUGAACGUGUUGGACUGGGCACAAUACUUAAAGGAUAGAGCGAGAUGGAAAGCGGAAUCUCGCUGGGUCCACAAAACAAGUGCUCUUGGAGCAGUGCGCGCUCGUUUCAAUCUUAUUGCCAAUUUCACCACCUCUGAAAUUGUGCUAACUCACCCGAACGACCGAGGAGUUUUGGUCGGCAAAUUUAUUCGGAUCGCAUUUAAAGCGUAUGUCCUGAGUAAUUUCAACACCCUGGUUGCUAUACUCGCUGGUCUGCGGAGUGAGUGGGCUACCAGAGCCAUGCAUCGUCAUUGGAAUCGGGUUGGAAUCUGGGAGACGCAGAUGUUGAACAAACUAACGCAAUUUACUACUUCUGCGGAUUACUUCAAGGCCAUGCAUGAAGCUAUUUCCGCCAUGAUUGAUGCAAAGCCAAUGAAUAUCAGUUCACAUACCUCAUCUGUUGUUAGCGGGAGCGCAACUGAUGGUCAGUCGUCAAAAAGCAAGGCAACAUCGGACAGUAAGACGCCCACGGCUUGUAUCCCGUUUAUUGGCGUCUAUCUAUCUCAAUUAUAUCGCUACAGUAGACUACCCGAUUUGAUUGAUCCUACGGCGCCACACGAUGUCGUUGGCCUUGAUCCACACACCGCCAAUUUUGACUCUCCAGCUCAUCCCGAUGUUUUCGAUUCACUGACACCUUUACCCCCCUCCAUGCAGCUCGAGCCUCUUAUUAACGUCCACAAACAGCGUCUUAUAGCUGGUGUGAUCAAGGACCUUGUGGCCGGACAGCAUCUGGCAAGCCGGAUUCAGCAUCCGAUUGAUAAGAAGCUCUUCCAGAAGUGCCUCAAAUUGCGUGGCUUGGAGCCCGAUACCCUGCAACGUGCUUUUGGAAUGUAUCCAGAGCGAGAUACAUUCUAUUAGUCCAUAUUUGGAUUUGUCACGUUCAUCAGUUUUAUUUUCGUGGUUCAGAUGUGCAUAGAUUUGUACGUAUACUAUUAGUUGUACGAUUUGGCAUGUGCAUAUAUGCAUUGUAUCUUGUUGGAGAAAAUGCAUCGUUGACAUUCUGCAGUUCAGUA